AUGAAUAAUAAUGCAUCAAAAUCUAUAAUAAAAAAUCUUCCAUCCGUACUCAACAAUCAAAAAAAAUUAUCAAAUAUUCAUGAAUUUCUACUAGACGAACCAUUUUUUAUUCAAAAAUCUUCCACAAAAAAUUCAUCUACCAACAAUGAAAUUGAAGUUGAUGCCGAACCAGAAUCUAAAAAAGAUCCAUUGACAACUUCUAUCUGGCGACUUUACACAAAAGCUAAAGAUAAUUUGCCUCACGAUAAUGAUAACGACGAUAAUAAAACUAGUAUUAAUGUUAAUAGGCGUAAUAAUAAUGGUUUAAAAGAUUCUCCAAAAAUUUCAGACACUAUUUUAAAAAGUCAGAUAAUUGGAAAUUCUGAAAUAUAUGAUAAUAACUUUGAUAUAGAUAUGGACAACGAUAGCAAUCAAAAUUUUAUUGAUUUUGCCGAUAACGAAACAAUAUUAUUCGAACACACUGGCAUAGUCACUUCACCAUCUGACACCAGCACAACUAACACUGAUGAUAAUUACACCUCACCUUCUUCACCCGUCUUGACUUCAAAAACUUCCGCUAUUCCAAUUCCACCGGCUCAAUCUUCUUCAACCAACAAUAACAACUUUAUUCAUAAUAAUACAAACAGAAUCAAUAAUAACACAAUGAUGGAUAUCUCUUCAAUGGGUUAUACUUUUGAUAUUGACUCUAAUGAAAAUUUGAAUCAGUACCAAUCAAAUUUUUUAAGUAGAAUGGUUGGGAAACAAGAUCAUUACAAUGAUCGUCCAAUACUUGUGCCUGUAUCUAGAUCCAAUAAUAAUAAUAAUUUCGAUUUACAAAAUACAAUGAUUUUUGAAAAGUCAUCAGAAAUGCAAACAGUCGAACUUUCAAAUAAUUUCAAGUUUUUUAAUUCCUUGAAUAUAAAUAAAUAUAUACCUCGUUUCUUAAGAAACUUAUUAAAUAAAGAAAGAUAUAUUCCUACAUUAAAUAUUACAAUUGAUCCACCUAUAACAGAUAAUGAUUUGGAAUUUCGAAAGAUAUUGGUUUCUGUUAUUGUAAAAAAUAUAGAUGGCUGGGCCGAUAUUAAAAAUGAGAAUGACAUUAGUAUAGAGGCUGACCAAAAGGGAUUGACAAACAACCUUUGA